AUGCAAAAUAUACAUGAAGAUUCAACCAUAGUUAGCUCUGAUGACAUGCUUGAAAGUGUUGUUGGUAUUGAUCCUCUCAAUAGCAGACUACCAACAGAGCCUCCCUUAGAGCCAUACGAAGGAAUGGAGUUUGCAUCAAUUGAAGAGACGAGAAUUUACUACACAAGGUAUGCUAAGAAUACAGGUUUUAGUUUUCGUAUGGGUCGUGUUACUAAAUCAAGAACAAAUGGUAUGAUAAUAGGUCGAGAAUUUCUCUGUUCAAAGGAGGGAUUUCGGGCAAAAAAAUAUGUGAAAGAAGAAAGUAAUAGUAUUAUCGUACACGAUGAAACAAGGGUAGGAUGCAAGGCAAUGUUGUAUUUAAAGAAAAAUGGAGAAAUAUGGAUUGUUUCAAGAUUUGUAAGGGAGCAUAAUCAUGAACUAUUUUCUCCUAAAAGUUCACAGUUUCUUCGAGUACAUAGAAAGAAGACUAAUGUGCAAAAAAAACUUAUUGAUGUGUUGCAUGAUUCUGGUUUAGGCCCUAGUAAAAUAAGAUCUGUCUUAUGUACUGAAAGUGGUGGUGUUGAUAAUGUUAGAUUUAGUCCACAAGAUGUUAUCAAUUACUUAACUGAAAAGAGACAAAAAAAGUUAGAAAAUGGAGAUGCUCAAAUGAUGUUAUCAUAUUUUAAAAGUUGUCAAUUGAAGAAUCCUGGGUUUUUCUAUGCUUUUCAAAUGGACGCUGAAGGAAGAUUAGCAAAUUGUUUUUGGGUUGAUUCAAGGUCCAAAAUGGCAUAUAAAUACUUUGGUGAUGUUGUUACUUUUGAUCCGACGUAUUUGACAAAUAAAUAUAAAAUGCCUUUUGUUCCAUUCACAAGAGUUAAUCAUCAUCAACAAUCCAUUCUUUUUGGUUGUGCUCUAUUAUGGGAUGAAACUAUAGAGAGUUUUUUUUGGUUGCUAAGUACUUGGUUAGAAGCAAUGAAUGGAAUUUCUCCUAAAACUAUCAUCACAGAUCAAGAUGCUGCUAUUAGUAAUGCAGUUGCAAAGGUAUUUCCAAAGGUUAAUCAUCAUUAUUGCAUGUGGCAUAUUAAGAAAAAAGUUCCUGAAUACUUGAGUCGUGUCUAUCAUGAACAUGGUGAAUUUAAAAAUCAAUUUUACAAGUGCAUCCACCAAUCUACCACUGUUGAAGAAUUUGAUUCUGAUUGGGAAGCAAUGAUUGAUAAAUAUGGAUUACAAGAUAAUCAAUGGCUAAACAAUAUAUUCUCCAUUCGAGAAAAAUGGAUUCCUGCUUAUGUACGUCACAAUUUUUGUGCAGGAAUGUCUACCACUCAAAGGAGUGAAAGUAUGAAUAAAUAUUUUAAGGAUUUUUUGAAUUCAAGUACUUCAUUAAGCCAAUUUGUGACACAAUAUGAAAAAGCUCUUGAUGCACGUUACAACAAGGAAAGAGAGAAGACUUUCACAACAAGAAAUUCAAAGCCACUUUUACGAACUUUAUAUCCCAUGGAAGAAGAAACUUCAAAAAUUUAUACAAGAAAAAUGUUUAGAAUAUUUCAAGAUGAGUUGGUUGGUUCUCAAUUAUUUAUCACAGAAAAGGUUAAGUUUUCUAUUGAAGUCUCAACGUAUAAAGUUCGUGAAAUUUACAAAGAGAAGCCUAUCUACUAUGUGAAUUUUCAUGUCACUUCAAAAGAAGCAAAUUGUAGUUGUCACAUGUUUGAAUAUUCAGGUAUUCUUUGUAGACAUGUAUUAUGUGUAUUCAUAAAGAAAAAGGUUUAUUGUCUCCAUUCACAGUAUGUUUUACAUAGAUGGUCUAUUAAUGCUAAAAAAGAAAAGGUAAAAGAAGUGACAAUUGAAGGAUUUCAAGAAGGAAGCAGCAACGCUUCUGACACUUCAUUGUUUAAUAGUAUUAUGGUUCAUUCCCUCGAACUAUCAGAAAGAGGUUCACAAUCCAAAAAACAUCACGAUAUUGCUAUUCAAAGUUUGCAAAAUGGGAUUGCAAAACUUGAUUUAUUGGAUAUUGAAGAGUCAAAUAAGAAGUUUGUUGAUUCAACAUCGGAAGAUAUGCCAAAAGUAUCUGAUGUUAGCAUAGCUUUGCAUGACCCUCCACUUAUAGCAACUAAAGGACGUCCGCGGACUUUGCGAAUGAAAAGUAGUUUGGAGAUGGUUAGAAAAGGUUCCUCUACUUGUAGUUAUUGCAUGAAAAAGGGUCAUACUAAGCCUAAAUGUCCAAAUUUAAAUCAAACAAGGUGA